UGCGCGCGCGCGUCUAACGCAACCUGAUUUAUAGUGGCUUGCUGAAAAAAUAAUCGGUGAUGUGAUGGAGGGACAGGAAUGGCGAGUGGAAUGGCAGCAGCCGCGGUUAGACGGAUUGGGACCAAACAACCAGUUUACUCGAAGCAGUUUCACCUUAUCCCAAUCACUAGCAGAACGGAUCGGGAGAGACCAUGAGCAGCCAGUGUUGUCGCAAUUACACCAUCCUAUUAGAGAUAAUUCAGUAUGUACUCGAACGACUUACUCCCCACUGCAAGCGCUCAGCGAGAGCACAUGUCGUGACCACGGAGCCCAGACGGCACCACCACCACAACCUCCGCCCAGGGUCCAGGUAUCAUCUCAAAACGUGACGCUACAUCCAGCAGUAUCUCGAUGCACAGCCUCUUUAGAACUGGCGACCCUCUGGCGUAACUUUCACGAGUUAGGCACAGAGAUGAUAGUCACGAAGGCUGGAAGGCGGAUGUUCCCAGCCUUACAGGCUCGGCUGGCCGGGUUGCUACCAAAUGCGAAUUAUCUUCUACUAGUAGACUUUGUGCCUUUGGAUGACAAAAGAUACCGAUACGCUUUUCAUAGCUCCAGCUGGGUGGUGGCAGGCAAAGCGGACCCCGUCUCUCCUCCAAGGAUCCACGUGCACCCAGACUCCCCCGCGCCAGGAUCCCACUGGAUGCGGCAACUGGUUUCUUUCGAUAAGCUCAAGCUGACGAAUAAUCAGCUCGAUGAUAAUGGACAUAUAAUCCUGAACUCGAUGCACCGCUACCAGCCGCGGCUCCACGUGGUAUACCUGCCGGGCGAGGGUCAGAGCACCCCGGGCACCGUACCUUACCGGACCUUCGUCUUCCCGGAGACUGGCUUCACGGCGGUCACUGCCUAUCAGAACCAUAGGAUAACCCAACUAAAAAUAGCGAGCAAUCCAUUCGCGAAGGGCUUCAGAGACUGCGAUCCAGAUGAGUGUCCCCCAGAGCAAAGCCAGCAACGUGUCACGCCUCGCCGUCGCGAGCCCACUCAAGGCGAGCCGUGUCCACAGCUGACCCAGCCGUACGCAGCGGAGCCGAGCACUUGUGGCCCUUUGUACGCUGCCCACGCGCAUCCUGUACGGUACCAACCUCACACAGGCCACAAUAGUGCCUACAGCGCUUACUACGCGCAUAGAUAGUUCAGAAUUAUUUGGAAAAGCCAACGAUAGGAUACUGAUUAGGAAAGACAAGACCAGGUAGGAGGGACCAGGUUGAACUCGCCAUAACAAAUAUGUAACA